CGAACAUUAACACUAAACGGGUCAACGAGCAAUGUCCUUAGACUGUAGUGAAAAACAGCUUAAGCAAAAACUCACUCAACCUAAUCAGCUAAAACUCAAAGGCGAUGGCGGAAAAGACAACCAAAAAUGCCCUUGUUACUCUCUACGUAAUGGCGCCAACUUCGCGUUCAAUCAACCCUUCUCCAUUUUGUCUCAAGCUAGAAACGUUUCUGCGAAUGACAAAGAUUCCUUACAAGACAGUUUACGGAUGGAAUCCCUCCAGCAAAGGCAAACUGCCGUGGAUUGAAUACCAGGGAAAGUCUAUCGCAGAUUCGAAUUUCUGUGUGGAUUUCCUAAACAAGGAGUUCUUUGUCGACGUAGACGAACAUCUGACCGUCGAGCAGAAGGCUGUGGCACGAGCGGUUAUGGUCACACUGGAGGAGAAUACAUACUGGACAUUGAUGCACUACGUUUGGUGUACCGACCACGCUAACGUGGUACGCGAUGAGGCCUUCUCUCACCUCCCAAGCCCCAUACGUCACGUGGUCUUUUGGCGGGUGCAGUCCGCUUGCCAAGGUUACCUGCAGGCUCACGGGAUGGGCCGACACACAGAGGAAGAGAUCUACGCCAUAGCGGAGCGAGACCUAAAAGGGAUUUCGGCGUUGCUAGGCGACCAAAAGUAUAUGUUUGGCGAAAGGUUUGUUUUCCAUCACUGCCCCCGUGAACACUACCCUCUUGAUUGUAAUUUGUGUUCUGAACCUCGCUAGUAACAUCUCUCCAGAUUAUAUUGUCUCCGCAAUGCUCCAGUAUAUCUAAUCUCCCGCUAUGAAGUUGGAAAACUUGGCAAUCGCAGCAUUCUGUAAUGAAUCGUUCACGUUUAGAAUUGCCUUUUGUAGUGAAUCAUUCACGGCCAGCCUUGACUUUCGUAAUGAAGCUUCAUAAUCUUCAUGCUAUCUUGACUAAAAUAUCAAAACAUGACGACAUAAGUGAAGACUGGACGAAAUUGUCGCCACAAAAUCAACAGUGAAAACUACAUUGCGAAGGACGUGUUGUGCCGUAGACUUAGACGACAGAAUGAUGCCCAAAUAUAUGGCGACAGGAAGACAUUGGUAACAAAAAGUUCAGGAGAAUAAAAUAAAAAAAAUGGAAAUAUG